CCUCGCGCCCACCCAAUUAGAGUCUGUCAUGCAACUCAACUGUGCGCGCGCGCCGAACCACGUUGAGAAGUGCAACGUUCGUCGAAGGUUUUGGAUGCCGAAGGCUGCCCGACACAUCAUCACGAUGUCCGAGGACGGCCCCAUCUGGGGCGCCAGAGCGCUGCCCGUCACGCGCGGGGACGACCGCGCCGUGGAGGAGCGGGACGCGCCGGCGUUCCUGCGCGGCGACCGGGGCUCCCCGACGACCAGGGACGCCGAGGCCAAGCUGGCCGUGGCGAAGGCGCGCCUCGACGCCGCGCGCGAGCAGCGGGAGCAGCGGUCCGCCUACGAGCACCAGCGGCCAUCGUACGAGCAGCAGCGGUCCGCGCCGCGGCGCGCCGGACCUCCGCGGGAGAUCGACCUGCAGCGCACGUCCGGCGGGUUCACGGCGCUGCGCGGCGCGCUCGGCGACGGCGCCGCGGCCGCGGCGAAGCCGCCUCCCGACGACACGCCUCCCGGCCCGCCGACGCCCGCCGCGACGCCGCGGCCUCCCGACCCGCCGACGCCCGCCGCGUCGCCGCGGCCUCCCGACCCGCCGACGCCCGCCGCGUCGCCGCGGCCUCCCGACCCGCCGACGCCCGCGUCGCCGAAGCCCGCGACGAAGGACGAGUCGAAGGAGAAGCUGCGGCAACUGCGGCAGUACACGCGCGACCUGCUCAAGGAGAAGGAGGCGCUCGAGCAGCGGCUGUCGUCGGCGGAGCAGGUCGCGCUCGAGCGGCGGCUGUCGUCGGCGGCCGCGGAGCGGCCGCCGCCCGGCGACGACCGCGACUCGGCGCUCGCGUCGACGGAGCUCUACGGCGAGUGCCGCCGCGCGAGCGAGCGCGCGUCGGCCGCCGAGGACGAGGCGCGGCGGUCGGCGCGCAUGCUCGAGGUCGCGCGCGCGUCCAAGUCCGUCGACGUCGCCGCGCGGCGGAGGUCGUCCGCGCGGCUCCUCGCGGCCGCGCUCCUCGGCCGGCGCGGCGCGUCGGCCGCGGCGGCGCCCGCGGCGAGCGCCGAGGCCGCCGUCGGUCGCGCCAAGGACCGCGAGCGCCUCCUCGCGGACCUCGAGACGGCGGCCGCGGAGGUGUCCGCGGCCGCCGCGAUGCGGACCGCGCUCGAGGACGGCCGCUUCGCGCUCCGCUUCUCCAACGCGCGCGGCGACGCGCGGCGCUUCGCCGCGGCGCUCGAGGCCUGCCUCGAGCACGGCGCGCGGGGCUGCUACGGCGACUACUUGGCGGGCGCGGCGUCCGCGGCGUCCAUCGCCGCGGACACGGGCCGCCACGUCGAGAUCGCGCGCGCGCUCGAGCGCGUGCACGUCGCCUGCUCGCGGGGCACGGUGGCGAAGCCCCUCGUGCGGCCCUGGCACGCGCGGUGCCGCUGGGGCGUCGGCCGGCUCCGGCUCUUCGAGCUCUUCAACCACGGCGCGGCGCUGCCCGCGCUCGCGGCGCUCGCGGCCUACGACGACGCGCGCGACGACGGCGGCGACGACGACGCGGCGCCGGGGCGCGUCUCCGUGGCGGGCGCCAUCGGCGCGCGCCACACGCACGACCGGGGCGCCGUCGUCCGCGACGCCGCGGGCCGGCGGCGGCUCCUCGCCGCGCUCGGCGGCGCGUGCGGCGCGACGUUCGACCUGCGGCACGUCGCCGUGGCGACGGCGGACCUCGAGGACGGCGACCCGGGCGACGCCAUGGGGCCCGCGACGCUCGCGCACCUGCGCCACGCGGGCUUCCGGUCGCCGGCGAGCCUGCUGCUCGAGCGCGCGCCCUGGGCGCCCGCGCGGGUCGUCGGCGGCGUCUUCCAGGCGUCGGCGGACCUGACGGACAGCUUCAGCGAGGACCACGUCGUCUGCUGGCAGUGGCAGACGCGGUCCCAAAGGCUGAGCUGCGUGCUCCGCGGCGGCGCGAACGCGGACGACGAGGCCUUCGGCGCGGACGCGCGCCGCGACGACCCGCCCUGGGCGUCCCUCUUCGGCGGACCCGACGACGACGACGACGCCUUCUCCGACGACGGCCGCCACCACGCGGCGGCGCGCGUCCAGUCCGCCGUCGUCCACGCGGACGUCGUCCUCGGCGCGGACGCGACGCAGGGCUUCGUCCGCGAGGCGAGCGCCGUGCACCACCGGGCCAACGAGUCCGCCGUCGUCGAGUGGCGCGACGUCUACUUCCGCCGGGGCCAGCGCGACCGCCGCAUCCGCUACCGCAUCGCCGCGUGCCGCGCGCGCGCCUUCGCGGACCUCGAGCGCCAGUCCCUCGAGUCCCUCGAGGACGCGGCCUGGGUCGUCGCCGGCGGCGCCGCGAGCCCGCCGGCCGAAGCCGUGCAGUGCGCGCGGCUCCAGCUCACGGGCCACGACGUCGACCGCGACGCCCACGACUCCUGCAACGGGCCCCUCAAGUCCCUCGCGUCCUGGUUUAAGAUGUAG